AUGGUUAUUAUUUCAUAUUCCUUUAAAACUAUCACAAUCUUUGGUUUUAUUAUUUGCUUAAUCACAUUGGUUGAAUCACAAUUCAAAUGUCCUUCAAUACCAAAUUCACAAGAAAACCCGCAAACAUUCAUUAUUCAGCUUUCCUCACCGAAUGUAGUAAACAAUCAUAGUGCAUUUUUAAAAUCUUGUUAUAAUAAAGAUAUUAGCAACAAUAUUAAUCAAUUAAUUGAUCCUAAAAUUAUUAAAAUUAUCAGUUUUGGGUCAUUUAUUUGUUACAUCGGACGGUUUAACCCUAGCGAAGCUGCUUCAUUGGCUAUUUUACCUGAGGUUGUUAAUGUCGAAAAUGAUAAAACGUUGCAUAUUUCUGCUCCUCAACAUAUUCGAUAUAAUGAUUAUACUUUUACCCAAACCCCUACUGAAACUACUACAGAGAUCCCUACUGAAACUUCUAGGGAAAACCCUGCCAAAAUUACUACAAAAAUUCCUGCUGAAACCCCUACCGAAACACCUACCAAAACUCUUACCAAAAUUUCUACUACCGUAAAGUCUACACAUACUCUCUGUCCGCUUUUUGCAACUGAACCUCUUGCCCCAACUCAAUCCCCUCAAUUGGAUAGAACAUAUACAUAUCCUAAUAGUGCUGGCUCUGGAGUAAAUGUUUAUAUUGUUGAUACGGGUGUUAAUAUAGAUAAUGUAGAAUUUGGAAAACGAGCAACACUCGGUCCUGCUUUCUGUAAUGAAUGUCCAAACAUUGAUGAUCAUGGCCAUGGAACAAAUGUCGCAGGGAUUGUUGGAGGAACUCAAUAUGGAGUAGCAAAACUAGCAUCUUUAAUUUCAAUUAAGGUUUGCACCGGAGGGGGUAGUUGCCAGUAUAGUGAUAUUAUUACAGCAUUAACCUAUAUAGGAAACCAACAUAAUAAUAGCUCUAACAAGAAUACAGUGAUUAACAUAUCUAUAAGUGGUGGCUUUUCACAGAUUACAAAUGACGCAGUUGAAGAACUAAUUAAAAAGGGUAUUCAUGUCAUUAUCGCUGCUGGAAAUAAUGCAGCGGAUGCUUGUACAGUUUCACCAGCAUCAGCACCUAAUGCUAUUGCAGUUGGAGCUACUAAUACUGGUACGGACAUUACUGCAGCUGGAAAUCAAUCUUCUACCGCUUUAUCAACAUAUUCAGGAACUAGUCAAGCAUGCCCUCACGUCGCAGGAACAGUUGCUUUGAUGAUUUCAGAUAGUGGAAAUAGAUCUCCAGCACAAAUGAAGACAGAUCUUGAUAAUUUAUCAACAAAAGAUGUAGUAACUGGUCUUAAUGCUUCAUCUUCAAACAGAUUUUUACGUGUUCCAUAUUGUCAAAA